GCACAAUCUCAAGGGCUUUAGUCGGUGCACAAUUAGUUGGCUUAAUGUAAUUCUGUGCUAAAAACUGGUUUUUAUAAAUAAAUAUUGCCAACCUUUAAACAAAGUUCAACAUAUAAUAUAUUAAACAAGCGAUUAUCCUAAAGAAGGUGUGAGAAGGCGACAAUCGCGGCAAUCGAAAGCAAUACAAAAUCAUUUUCAAUAUUUGUCGAUUUCAUUAAUUGGAGUAUUAGUAAAACCAAAUGGCUUUUCGCGACAAGAAGGCCGUGAUUACUGGUGGUGCCAGUGGCAUUGGUUUGCAAGUGUGCAAGCAACUGCUGGCUAAUGAGGCUUCGAGAAUCGCCAUUAUUGACCUUAAUGAAAACAAAGAAGAUAUUUCAAAACUUCGUGCUGCACAUCCGACACAACCCAUUACUCUUGUCAAAAUGGAUGUGUCCAAUAGACAGGGUAUGGACAACACUUAUGAAGAACUCAAAAACUCAUUCGGCUCCAUUGAUAUCGUUGUAAACGUGGCGGGAAUUUUCAAUGAUCAAGAAGUGCAGCAGACCAUCUUAGUUAAUUUGGGUGGUAUUAUAAAUUCUACUCUUGCUGCGCUUAAAGUAAUGAGCAAGGAAGCGGGAGGCAAUGGUGGCGUUAUUGCGAAUAUGUCAUCUGUGGUCGGCCUGGAUCCCAUGUUCUUGUUACCGGUUUAUGCCGCUACCAAAGCUGGAAUUAUCAAUUUCACUCGAUGUUUGGGAAACGAUAUUUACUUAAACCGUACUGGCAUCAAAUUUAUUACACUUUGUCCGGGUGCCACUAUUACCGAUAUGUUCACCAACUUUACUGAGAAAAUAUUAUUUGCCGAUAUGGGCGAUGAAUCAUAUCGGGUGCUAGAUCGCCUUAAUAAGCAAAGCGCCAGUGACGUGGCUCGGUGUAUACUUUCCGCCUUAGAAAAGGAGAAAAAUGGCGAAGUGUAUAUCAUUGAGGGCAAAAGACUAUUUUCAAUGGAAAUGAAGAGCUACUGGCGUGGCAUAGAGAAGGAAUUAAAUGAGUAAUGUUCAAAAUAAAAUCUCAUCUUCAAAUGAGCUACAAAGUGCAGGCAAAUUAAAAAAAAUUUGAGAUAUUAAAAUAAAUUUUUUUUAAAACUUA